GUACCAGAUAGAUUUAAAGCAACGAAUUACUGAUUCAGUUACCGAGAUGCAACAAAAUUUUCAGGAAUGUCGUACCGUAACAAAUUCUGUACUACGUCGACGUCUAGCUUGUAUGCGACAUAACAUAUGCAUGCGCAUUGGAACGUUCAAAGGUUUAGUAGGAACUUUUCGGUUUUCAAUCGUCUUGUGAGGGAUCUGCUUUCAACUUCUUCGAUGGAGUCGUCAAUUAUCGCGUAAGAAAAGAAAGAAAAGUGCAUGCGGAGUGUGCGAGCAGGUAGGAUGAUAAAUAGACAGGUAGGCGGAAAGAGAGGGAGGAUGGCAGAAGGUACAGGGCAAGGGGAACGCGUCGCAUCGCGUGCGAAACGUAAUUUCUCCCUUUUUCGUGUGUUGUGCGCUACCGCGCACGCAAUGGGAAACGCUUAAUGCACAAUGUGUACAGGCGGCAAUCGAUAAAAAUCGAUAGGAGAAAGACUUGUAACGAAAAACGAGAAAAAAAACCACCAUGUAGAUUGACACGUAAUGCACAAAGCUUCACCUCCGUACAAUUAUUGCCUUCCCCCUCGCGAGUGUGCGCGUACAUCCCUUUAGUCCCUUCCACACACGUGUUCUACGCGCAUCAGGAGACCCCGUGCUCGGCUUUAUCGACUAAAACUACUAAAGUAUACCGUGUUGGUUCUUUAAUACUUAAUUAUUCUUUUUCCUCCCGUUGCAACCACAAUUAUUAUCUCCCAGCAUGUUCCGCUAGGAUGGAAGGGAAGGGACGUCCCAUUUAAAUAUUUCCAAGCGCAAUCAGAACACGAACAGUUUCGGUCGAUCAUGUCCCGACCUUACGCAAUCGAACGAAUUCUCGAGAUUCUGAAGCGCUACUCAGUUGUGAUGAGACAGUAAAAGAGAUGCGUUUGCACGCCCAACAUCUGGACAUCGCGUUAAAACCGCGAAAGAGGAAACUACCGAGAGAAAAGCUACCGAUCGGUCAGUCGCUGGCGCGGCCUCGUCUCGAAGUUACGAUAGCUCGUGACGAGGCACACGAUGAAUCAGAUGAUUCUGUGAGAAGCUUGCGAAAAUUCAGUAAAUCUCCUACUAUUAUUGAUGCAAAUGAUUCCGACAUCCUCUGCGACAUCAUUGAGCUUUUCUGCGGGAACAGCGGCGCGAGUAACGACAGAACAACCUGCCCGCGAAUCUCGAGUUCGACUGAACUCGACAAAAGCGAUACCGAUGUGCGCUCGACGUGUAAGGAUUGCACAGAGUGUCAAUUGCAGCAAGAAAACAACACCGUUACGACAAUACACGAGAUCAAAGAGACCCUGAUGAGCGACCAGGGCGAAGAAUUUACAGAACACUUGGAUUAUUACGAGGACGACGUUGGCGGCGAGACGGCUUCCACAUCGAGCACAUUCGCCUCGAUUGAGCACGAAGAAUCACCCAUUCUUGUGGAUCUCACUAGCGAAGAAUCGAAACAGACGAUUUUGAAAGAAUUCGGUGACGCCGGAGGAAACUCAGAAAUGGAAUCUCGCAUUAUGAUAGCCGAUAGUUCCAACAGAUUGCAACGUACUGGUAGCAGCCUAGCGACUGCCUUGAGGGAUCGCGGUCCUUGCGUGAUUCCCGUACAGCCUAAUCGCUCCCUGCCGAUUAGGCCGGCACCGCCAACGCCAACGAGACCGGCAGCGUCGAUCGUAACGUCGCGGAAAACACACUCGCCGAUUUUCAAGCUAUCGAACCCUGUGAGCCUGGAUGCGACUCAGAUGCAAUCAGAUAAAUCUUCGAACGAUGAGUUGAACAACUUUCCUCCGAGGCAGCGGGAUAAAAAGGGCAACGAACUGAUGCUUAGCGAACUUGUCGAUUGUUCAGACUACAUUCUUCCGGAUAUGACUAAUGCCAUGCAGAUUUCGAAAGGGGUCAAUAAUGUAAAAAGAAAGAACGGCGAAAAUCAGGAUACAGGAUACGUAAAAGAAAUUACUAAAGACAUAAAGAAACGGAGGAAAUCUCAUGAAAUGGAUGCCAAUUACAUACGCGAUGAACGUGUCAAGAAUAUUUUGAAGGAAUAUUCUAGAACGUGUUCCAAUAAGACCGAUGAGGGGGAACAGAAUUUGCAGCAGCAGGUGGUAGUAGGAUUGUGGGACGCUAAGAGAUGUUCACCGUCGAUUGUGGUAUCUACCACGGAAGUAGAGACAGAAAGGACGAAGGAACAAACCUGCAACAAGGUUGUGCCACCUUUAAGACUCAAAAAAAUUGUCCGCGAAGCGAGCACAAUUGAACACCAUAAUAUCGAAGUAAAUGCUGAGUCGAAAAAUGAGCCCAACUAUCGCAUCGUCACCGGCGCUACGCCACGCCCGGAAUCUCCAUAUGGACACUCUACUUCUUCCUUCUGGAGCAACGUGACUUCAGAAAAAGAGCUCGAGACAUCGACGAGUAACGUGCGGGACAAAACCCGGCGAUCCUCGCCGAAGAGCGAUGGAUACAAGAUCAAGUGCCGUCGCAAUCGAUUGCGUCAGAAGUUGCGAGAAUUACGCGGUAAAGCACUGGAGCUCUCGCGAGAAAUGACCGUCUGUAAUAAUGCUACUAACACGAGCCCACAAUACAGCACUCGGCUGCGACAGAUGAUGAACUGCUACGAAAAGCAGAUCGAGAACAUCUCAAAACUGUUAUGCAAACUGUCAGCUUCCAUCCCGCCGAAGACCGACGAUGGCAUCGUCGAUCUUGGCUGCGAAAAUGAAUUGGACGAGUGCCCGUCAAAUGAGAAGACCGUCAAUAAUGAUGUCACGCAGGUCAACGGAAUAUCCGAAAGCAGCAUCUCACCGUCGCCUUCACCAGAGCCACCAAAGUUGUCACCUCGCUCUCCCAUCGAUUACGAGAAGACUAAAUCACCCAAUGCGAUAAGGGACAGUCCACCGGUACUACCCAGGGUUUACAUUGCGAUCCAGUCGACUGCUCUAGAAUGUUUAAAGCAAAAUUUGAAUACGCGCAAGAGCUGGCAUGGGAAUGAUAGCUCGUCAAGCUCGCCGUUCGAGAAACAAGCCAAGUUAAAUAAUACGGAUGGAAUAAUAAUUCACGAUAAAGUGAUAACAACGUCGGCUAUAUCUCCGGUUUUGCCGUCAUUUGAACAAUCAGGAACGAUCGAUACGGCUGCACCCCAAAAGUGGGCUGGAGAAAACUCUUCGCUGAAAUUGCAGAAUUCGGAAAUUCAGCCAAAUAUUCUAGAAGACGCUAAAACGUUCAAUGAUGUGGAAGAACCUCGACAAGCGACACCGCCAAUCUCCUUGGACAAUUUCCUUUCAGACUCGACAAUGAACGUCGAGAUUGAUAAAAGCGAUAUGAGAAAUGUAAAAGAAGCGCCUGCCGCUCAAGAGCGUAUCGACCGGACAACAGAAGCUUCGGAAAUCGUCACGAGCAAACACAUCGUCCGCGAGAAGCAGGAAUUGGAACAAAAAUCGAACGAGACUUUACCAGCAGCCAGUCCUUCGCUCACUGAAAAGACGAAAACAAUUACGGAGUGUAAAAGUUACGAAGAGGAGAGGCUCGACAAUGGGAAUAAAGUGAUCCCCAGAGCGGUUACCGCUGCGCACGAAACGCCAGCCAUAGUUGGACGAUCGCAGACAUCCCCCGCGAAUGUGACCAACAUCUUGCAGUUGCAGUCGAAUUAUUACGGCUCGUCCAUUACGCGGAAGAAUGUCGGUUUCACUGGCGUAAUACAAAAUUCGAGGGACAUACGGAAGAUGACGUCGAACGUGAAUCAAUCUGUAGCUUUGGAUCCAGCAAUGCCACUGGGAUUUACUCAAUCUGGAUCUGCGGUCAAUCAAAGUUCGAAUCAGCAAUGCGUCGUUCUGCCGAAAAAUUGUAACAGCAAAGCUAUUCAGGAGAAUGCGAUUCAACGAAACAACGGAAAUUGCAUCAUGACGGAACAAUUUCCAACCUUGGGCAAUUGGGUAGCGCGAAUGUCGAAGAAACAAACUAGCAAAUCGAAGUCCAAAUUUCCAUCCGGAGCACUACCAACUGCGUCAACGGCAGAGGUUGCUUGCAUGCCUGGACUGGAGUCGCAAAAGAGCCGCACGAGUGUGCCAAAUAAUGCGACGCGAAACAACGUAGUCAACGUAGCGCCGCAAUGGAACACGGAAAGGUGGCAGCGUCAGCAGCAUCAACAACGGCAACAACAGUUGUACGCGGCGGCGGCGGCAUCGUCAGCCGCGUCAGUGAGACCAGGCAUCUGUCCACCCAUUUCGGUCACCCAGUUUUAUCCACCUAAUUACGCGAUCGAUCCUUACAGUAGUGCAGCUUUCGGCUAUCACUCAGCAAUAUGUCCUUAUGGUGAUUACUCGUAUCAUUCCCGGCUACACGCCACUGCAUCGCCGAUAAGUGGCUACCAGAUAAACUCGCUACAGGAUCCGCAUGCUUCUCCGCUCCAGCAGAUGCAGCAUCUCGACAAACGCUUCCCCGCGCAUCUGCAGGACACGGCAUCUCGCCACUUCGCCACGGAUCUUUUCAAAUAUCCUGGUACUUUGUCUACGGGAAGCUAUCAACACGCUGCUGCCGGGUUGAACUAUGAUCGGCUGAGAUCGGCGACGGCUGUCACACAGAAUGCCACCGCACAGGCUUGUCUGUCGCCCUUGUUGUUACCGCCAGCGUCGACGUUGACGGCUUCUGCGCAGCAGACACUAGUGCGCACUCCCUUAGCUACCUACCCUACGAGUGCUAGUCAAUGUAGUAGAAACAGGAUGAUCCCGGACGUCGUUGCCGCAGCGGCUGCCGCUGCGGUGGUCGCGGCAGCCUCCUUUGGUCAGCAACGCGGUACGUUGCCGUCCUAUGGAAGAACCGACACGGAGAUGGUAUCCGGUGUCAUAGACAAUGAAUCAUCGCAACUAAUGGCAACGAAUAGGCUGACAAACCGCGAACGCGUGCCGCAGGAGCAAAUACAAUCCGGUGCCGUCGGUCAACAUGGUCAACAUGGUGUCAACCAUGUGGAUUCACGCGCACUAAACAACGGUGGUUAUCACCAGUUGCAGAAUUUAAUUUUAAAUAGAUUACCUUAUGUCAAAACGGACAAUGCUUACUCUCAAUCGUCGAGCAUCUUCAGCGACAACGCGCAGGAGCCGCCGGUCGCAUCCUCGGUGUCCACAUCGGCGUACAAUACUAGUCCAAUCUUGACGUCUAGUAGCACCCCCAAGGAACUAGCGAGGAAAGAAAGUCGUAACUGCGAAACGCCGCAUUUGGGAAAAGUAAAUCAUACUCAGGAAACUACGAAUAAUCUCAACUGCUCAAAUUGUGGCUUAAGCGGCUCUAUGUUCAAGUGCCUGGGUUGCGAAGUCGCGUUCUACUGCGACGAACGGUGCCAAACUCGUCACUGGAACAUUCACGUGGAGAAGUGUCCCAAGAAAAUGCCGAAGCUGAAAAAACUUGUCUGAAAAUUAUUGUAGAAAAUUACGCAUAGAAAUUGCAAUAAUUCUUAAACGAAUUAACGUCUGCGAAACGUCAAAUAUUUUAAUACAUAUAUAGAUAUAAUAGUUGAUUUUUAAUAAUAGCAAAGGCAAACGAUAAAACAACGAAAUAUAUUAUUGUUUCGAUAUUCUCAUAUUUUUAUCGAUAAUUUGUGUACUUCUAGUCAGUGUAUCGUAAAUCAUAGACGAGCAUGCAAGUUUUAUGCUUGCAAACGCAUUAGAUUUACACCUCAUGUGAUAAAGUGUGCCUGGUCGUAAGACAAAUGCUUACUACGUAAUGUUAUGGUGCUUUGUUCACGACCUGAUGUUCCUCUUAUGUUCAAAUGUCCGAUGUGAUUCUAAUAUUCUAAAAAAUCGUAAACUGCAGAAUUUGCAGAAACAAUUUAACGUACCUCGUGAUACACGUAUAGCUCAUUUUGUGUAGUAUAUGGAAUAUAGAUAUAUUGUGUCUUUUUCUAUAUAUGGAUUAGCUCGAUAUACAGUAAUAUUAUGUGUUGUAACGUAACAAAUGUGUUACGAACGUGCUACCUCUUAUGUACUUUACAUUAUGCGUGAUUGUAAUGACUAGAUGUUUCAAUUGCAAUUUUAUUUUGUAAAAUUUCAUUAUUUUAUAAUGCAAAAAAUUACUGACUGGAAACGUAAGUCAGAGAAAUUAUUUAUUUAAAGUGUGUCUAAAGAUAGUUGACGAAACACGACUUUUUCAAAGACCAUUUUGAAAAAUUUAAAGACAAUAUAUGUAUUCGUCUCAAUGUUUCUUAAUAUAUAUGCAACGUAAUAAUCAAAUUUUUUAUACUUUUAUAGCAAAUUAUAUUUGUACAAAAUUUGUAACAGCGUGCAAUUUUUACAGAUGAUGCAAAUAAAUGGGUAAGAAAUAAAAA